GAGUGUGAGACGCCCCCAUGGCGGAAGUGGGUGUUGGUGACCGUUGCCAGCCGGGGUUUGGGCAAUAAACAUCGGCUCACUUCCACCAACAUGCCGAGCACAGUGACGAGCCUGAAAGUGACUUACGAGGAGAAGGGUGACACUAACAUCUUCAGAAAUGGCGACAACGUUUGUGGUAAUGUCACUUUGGAACUCAGCAAAGAAUGCAAAGUGCAGUAUUUGUACGUGAAGUUUAAGGGGAAAGCCGAGGUGUUAUGGACGGAGAGACACGGUCAAACUACCGUCACUUAUCACUCCAAGGACAAGUAUUUCAGCGUCAGAAAUUACUUCCUAGGAAGCGACGACACCGCCGGGGCUAACGAUCAAUCAAUGUUGAAAAAUCAUGAUGGAGAAACAUCCAGUAAUGUACUUUCUGCAGGAAUUCAUGUCUACCCCUUCAGCUUUCAGUUCCCCAUGCAGGAGAUGCCCUCGUCGUUCAAAGGUUCAGUUGGUAAAGUUGUGUACCUGUUGGAAGCCAAGCUGAGUAGAUCAAUGAGGAUUAGCACAACGGAUACUAUUAAGAUCCCAUUUGCGACACAAGCUGCCUCAAACAAUGUGCCGGGACUAAUGACACCUCAGCACGAGUCUAAAGAUAAAAAAAUGAAACUGUUCAACUCGGGAACUGUAGCUAUGGAUGUCAGUCUGGAAAAAACAGGUUUCUUCCAAGGAGAGGGCAUAAAGGUUUUGGCGAUCAUUCAGAACAACUCCUCUCGUGAAAUCAAACCCAAGUACUGCAUCUACAGUAAGCACAGCUUCUUUGCAAGAGGGAAGAGAAGGCUUCAUACAAAAGACCUCUUUAAAGAAGUUGGACAGCCUAUUGCUCCAUCUACCAACCAGACUGUGACACGGAUCAUCACGAUCCCCCAUGAUGUGGAACCUUCAAUCUACAACUGUACCAUCCUCAAAGCGGAGUACAGACUAAGGGUGUAUCUGGAUGUAAAAUACGCUUCAGACCCAGAGAUCAAAUUUCCCAUCGUCAUCCUUCCAGCGCCUGAAGGGUCUGCCAUGGCACCAACCAUGUAUGCUACUCCCGCUGGAUUUGAAUAUGGAGCCUUCGGAGACCAAAACCCGCCAGUUUGGAGCACGGUACCACCAUCGCUACUUUCUGAUCCGCCACCUUCUUAUGACGGAUUGUACCCUACAUUCACAGACUUUGGGGCUAAAUAUCAGUGACUGUAGUCCCCAGAUUAUUCUUCAGUUAAGAUGUUGACCUAAAUUUCAUUAUUGUAAUUUAAUUGUUUACUACCAUGUAUGCUACUGCUAAUCAUGUCUAUGGAGUCAUCCAGGUCAAUGUAUUCUCGAAGCAUUCUAACAAUCACUACUGGACCGUUCAGUUUGUCUUAGACGUUUUACCUGUAAGUCAUCCAAUAUUCUUGCUAUCUUGGUUUACAUAAAUAUUUAUAAAGCUCAUUUUAAAUGCC